CUGCACCACCUGCCCACUCUUCAGCUUGACUUUACAGACGUGCCAGGCUACCUUGUCAACAAGAAAGAGACGAAGAAGCUAAAAUCGUUUCCAUGUUUUAUUACGGAGCAGAAAACUCUUUUCUACACGGUAAUUCUGAUCAUUCCGACGGUGCUGAUGGCCUUUCUAUCAAUGAUGGCUUUCUAUCUACCGGCUGAUUCAGCAGAAAAAAUCUCGUUGACCAUCAACCUCCUCGCUUUGGUUGUGUUUCUCUUACUAGUAUCUAAGAUUCUACCUCCUACGUCGAACAUUCCGCUUAUGGGCAAGUAUCUCCUCUUAGCCUUUGUACUCAACAUCACUACUGUUGUAGUCACGGUGGUUAUAGUGAACGUCUAUUUCCGAAGCGCUAUUUCACAUGAGAUGCCGGAUUAUGUACGGAGCAUAUUUCUCGGAUUUUCUGCCUCGUGUGUUGAUGAUGAAACGACCAGAGAGGAUUCCGAUUUUCAACGGAUAUUUCGUAGAGGAAUACUCCGCCUCUGA